AUGAGUGAGGUGGUCGACUCCAACGGGCCUAAAGAUGCCCCAAUGGAGCAGACCACCAACCAGGCAACCGGCAUGAAUCAUCCUAGUGCGCCAUCUACUGCUCUCGAAGCGGCAGUAACGACAUUGGACUCUGCGGCGGCCUCUACCGGCGCAGAUGAGACCAUGGUUGAUGCUCCCGCCGAGCCGGAUGCUGACGGCGAUUCAGAGGCUGAGACGUUGAUCCAGUCACCAGAGAAGCAGAGGACGGCUGCCGAUAGCUCAUCUGUAGCCGGAUCAGCAAGCGUACCGAGAACCAAAGAUGGCGAUUCAUCUGCUGCAGCAAUUGCGACCGAAAACGACACCAAUUCGAGAAAGCGCAAGCGUAGUCUAGACGACGAUGAAGCGUUUUCCACCUCGAGUCGUCGCAGCUCACCAUUAUCAUCACCCCGAAUACCGUUGCAUACCCCAGAUAGUGAUUCAGAUGUAUCAAACCAUAUCGCAUCUCGGAAAUCGAAGCCAACGGGUCGGCGGCCUGAAAGCGACGCGGCCGAUUCGGACUCUCCCACGGGAAGUCCAGUCAAGCAUCAAACUCGCAAGCGGCGCCCAAGCGACAUCCUACCCUCGAUAGGCAAACAACGUGCAAAGAACACUGGCGGUGGAGUGGACCCAGGCUCCAGUGAACGCCGCGAAACCAGAUCAGCGACUUAUCCGCGUCACAAAUCCGAAGAUCGAUCUCCGUCACCGAGGCCACUGAGGCGCGAACACAGGCGUGGCGUGUCAACCCAGUUAACGCUUGGCGACGUAGAAAGGAAAAAACGCGGUCGGCCGCCAGCCAUUCACACCAAGAGGAGUGGUUCGGCAGAUCACAACCGCAUCGUUAUGAGCUCAGAGUCGGACUCAGAUUCGCCCCAGCAGCCACGACCCGAUUUGCACAAGUACACAUCCGUCGACCAUGAUACCAUGUCUCCGGCAAAAGUCACGGGCCCUCGCAAAUGGCGCGACAAGAAUGGCCGUACCUUUUUGUCGCGUGCUGCCAGUAACAACGAUCUUGCGGCCGUCAAGAUCAAAUUCGCUGAGAGACCGGAAGACUUGAACUUGCCUGACAACGCAGGCAACACACCACUCCAAAUUGCCGCACUGCAGGGUUACGUCGAUAUCGUACGAUUUUUGCUGGAAAACGGAUGCGAAGUGGAUACACGAAAUAUCGACAGAGACACCGCACUUAUCGACGCGGUCGAGAACGGCCAUGUUGAAGUCGUCAAACUCCUCCUUGUCCACGGGGCAAAUCCUCGUCUGGGCAACGCUAAGGGCGACGAACCAUACGAACUUGUUCCUCUGGAUGAUGAAAAUUAUGACGAGAUCCGAGCACUGCUGGCCGAUGCGAAGGACAAGCCUAACAGCCAUCGAGUUUCUAUGGACUACACCGACGCGCCGCGCGAUGGCGCAUCUUCCAGAGCGGCUUCCGCAGCCAGUCCCCGCGAUUCGCCCCCUAUGAUGGGUCCUAGAAGUCCACCCGCCGGGUUUGGAAGACGGAGGACUGGUCGAAGUGAGUCGACGCGGAAUGAUCUAUUAUGGCAGGCAAAUACGCAGGAGAAUUUGAAGAAGCUUGCGGCGCAGGGUGAUGUGCAGGGUGUGGCCAAUAUUCUCAACGUCUUGCAGAAAGCGGAAACAGAGUCUUUGAUCGCCGCGGCCAAAGCAGGGCACGAGGAAGUCUUACAAUACCUCUUGGCGAUGGGAGACACGGAACCUGAUCCUGAUCCGAUUCGGCACCUCAAAGUCGGCUACAAUACCCCACUGCUGGCAGCCAUUGGCAGGGGACAUCCAGAAGUCGUCAAGCUCCUUGUUGAGCAAUCAGGUUUUAAUCCCAUGAGAAAGCUUCUUAAGGGGAAGUCUUAUCAUGAGAUAGCUGCAGACCGACGAGGGGAGCAGUGGCAAAAGGAAUAUGAGAUUCUCAAAACUGCAUAUGACAAAUACGCGGCGAAGCACCGCAAGGCACAAUCGCCUCGAGCCACCAGAGAUGCGGACAAACUCAAGCCUCGAUCCGGUCGCCGCUCCCAAUCUCCAAUUCCCAGCAAGUCGGCAAAAUCUGCGAGCCCGUCGUUGACCCACAAACAGUUACCGGGCAAGUCGCCGCACUCUUCAGAAAGAGAUAGGGAUCUGGACGCUGGUAGCCCCGAUGGCAUGGAGAGGCGCAAGCAGCAUGCUGCAAAGCGAGACAUAGCAGACCUCUCUGUCGCAGUGUCCUCUGAUCAGGACCAAACAGUCCAGUCGGCGAGGAAGGGCCAUGUCAAGCGACGAAGCCAGAGCGACUUCUCGCAACAAUCCAACGCGGAUCCUGACCCUGCUGCACACCGACGAAGAAGACUUGUCACUGGGAAAGAGCAUCGCAGACGCAAGAGUAACGUUGGAGCGUCAUCAGAUGAAGAUGCGGUUUCAGUGAAGGGCGAAAUCAGGUCUAGUACAUUAUUGAAGCGCACAAGAGAUAGUGUCUCACCUGGCCGGCUAGUGACAGGUGCAGGUGAAAAUGGACGGAGUGCUGCCAAAAAGCGGAGAACAGUCAUUGAAAGCAGUCCUGAAGAGACUCGUCCCGGUCCAAGAAAAGGCAGCUUUGUGUCUUCGUCUCCGGCUCGUGACCGUAAGGGUUUGGAGGAAAGUGCUUUGAAGAAUGAAAAGUCGGGAUCAGACACGGUUGCACAAGAGAAGGCGGCAGAAGUGAUGGAUGUUGACAAGCCUGGAGCUGAAGCACUCACUCGGACAGAAGUCACGGCAGCUCCCAUACCCACAGUUUCUGAGAGUGACGUACCACUUCAACGCACUGAGACCACUGAAGAGAUCAAGACUGAGCUGAUCGACCCUGGUUCAAAUGAGGCUGAGCUUCAGGCACAACGGGAGGAGGAAGCGCGUAAGGUCGAGGAGGCGAAGCGAGCCGAAGCGGAGAGGGUCGCGGCUGAGAAGGCGGCAGAAGAACGACGUCUUGCCGAAGAAGCUGCACAACUCAAGAAAGCUGAAGAGGAAGCUGCGCUUCGAAAGAAGGAAGAAGAAGAGCGGGAAGAGCUGAAAAGGAAGGAGGAAGAAGAACGUCGAGAGCGAAGACAGAAGGAAGAAGAGGAGCGUCGAGAGUUAAGACGGAAGGAAGAAGAGGAGCGCCAAGAGCUCAGACGGAGGGAAGAAGAAGAGCGCCAAGAACGAGUCAGACGAGAGCUAGAAGAACGACAACGCAGACACGAAGAGCAAUUGAAGGAGCAACGACGCAGACAGGAGGAGCUGCUUAGGGAGCAGCAGCGCAGAGAACGUCUGGAGGCCGAGGAACGCCGUCGAGAUGCUUUGCCAGCCCUACUCAAGCAAUCUGCCAUCUUGAUUGACCGAAACGAUCCCGAAGCGAGAAGCGGAGACUGGCUCAAACUCUUCCUGCCAUUGUACACGGCCAAGUCGGUUCAAAUCGAUCCCAGCACUCCGGAUGCCAACAAGAACGAGCUGUGGGUGCCGAAUUUCCAAGUUGCUGGACUGCUUGCGACAAAAGAUCUGAACCUCCGCAAUUACACUUCACUGGAGACGCGGCCUGUUACAAUGCAUGAGCGGCAGCGUUUGUGGAGUGUGGCAAGAAACAGCCUGUCGUACGACGUUGAGACUAGCCACUGGAAUACUACGAUCAAACAGGCCAUACAGCGCGAGGAGGAGCAGCGACCAAAGUUCUAUGCCAUGGAAGAACUUUUCUGGGUUAAGCUCUCCGACUUUGAGGAUCAAGUCUUUCGUCACCCUCACCUUGCAAAUCUAAGCAUUGGGAAGCAGCCGAUCUCGCUGAGAGUGAUGCCUUCUCGUCAAGUAAACGGGAACGGACCUUCGCCACACAGUCCGACGUCACUUCCAGCCUUCGCCAACGCAAAGACCCCCCAGCUGGCAAACGGCAUAAAUUCUCACCCAUCACCUACGGCCAAUGGCAAUGGAUUCGGAUAUCCCCGUCGAGAAGAUUAG